AUGGCCACCUCCGCUGCACCGACCGAUAGGUUUGCGGAUCAAUGGUGGGAGACAAGCCCCGGAAUAUGGAAUCGUCAAAUGUGCCCAAUGGAACGCUGGAUGCUGAAAAUGGCCUCGGAUAUAGGUCCUCAUACUAAAGAGCAUCUCACCAUCUCUGUAGCACUCGAUCUCGUCAUGUCACGCCCCAUGGACAUGUUUCUCUUAGACCUACAGCGAGCAUGGCUUAACAUCCGUCGGAACCACGGCACACUGGCCAGCACCCUCAACCGUGAGACAAAAACAUGGCAGUACAUUGAUCCCAGAAUGGAUGGCGAACUGGCAAAGUGGGUGUCCGAGACCUUCGUGCUAACCGCCGGAGAUGUCUUGGAGUUACGGGAGCUGAUGCCGCCACCACGAAGACCCACCCUCUAUGUGCUGAUUUAUUCGAACCAAAUCAUGCUGAGAGCUCCCCCCAUGUUCAUUGACUUCAGGGGUCUCAUGCUUCUUGCGGGGAAUCUCCUCAAAUUGGCCACCGCAGCCGUCAAGGAACAUGCUGUCUGGGACGCCGUCGAGCUUUCCCCACCUUAUCACACUUUAGCCAGCCUCCCACAGCACACCUACCAUGACAAGAAUAAGGCGAACCAGCACUGGAAGGAAUACAAAUCUAAUAUUCCCUCCAUGGCCCUGCCGACCAAGAUUCCCGAAUGGAAGUGCCUUCGCACCCGCCCCGGUCAAACGAGAAGGUGCAUCGCCACCCUGGACGUACAGCAAACUGAGGAGCUCUGCCAGGAGUUGGGAAAGACCGGGACUCACGUCUACCACGCAACUCACGCCGCGAUUGCAUGCGCCACCAAGAAGCUCAAUGUCAACGUCGACUCCGACAUGUACACGGGCGUCUUCUACCUCGACGGACGAGGCGCCUACAUUGAAGGCUACCAUCCCGCCGUCGUGUACAGCACGGCGUGGUUUCCCAUGAUCCGCGUGACGGACUUCCAGUCCACACUCAGCCAAUUCCGACACGACUAUCAGGAAACUGUGCGGGACCGCAAGCGGCCCAACGUCGUGGAUGAGAUGAUUGAGCUCGCUCUGCCCCGGAUUGGGGGCAGUGACGAUUUUGUGUCGUCGGAAGCUUUGCUCACCAACCUGGGCGCUCCGUCGCAAUGCAUUCAAAGACACUAUCCUGAUGACGUGAAUGUUGCCAAUAUUGAUUUCCAUUGUGUGAUCCUCACCCGAGCCAUCAGCGUUUAUGUUUACGAAGAUCAGCAGAGGUACACGUUGAUGGCUUUUUACAAUGACAGCUAUCACGAUGACAGCCAUGUCAAUUAUUUCUUGCACUUGGUGCUGAAGGAGUUGACCACGGCGCUCGGUGUUUCUUGGUGCCGUAUGCCCCCGCGGCCGGCAGGCAUGUGA